AUGGACGAUCGAGAUCACGAUCCUUACCCAGACCACAAACUCUGCGGUUACCUCUGUACAGUUCUUACAUCACCACAGCCCCUCCCUUUCCUCUCUCAUUGCCACCUCGUCACCGACGGCAGCCACCAACAAAUCAGAUUCAAAUCUCUAAACGAUGUCAUUCUCUCUCCGAUAUCGAAUCCAGGCGACAAGAACGAAACAAUUUCUCCUCAAGAGAGCAGCAAUGCUGGGAAGAAGAAGAAGAAUAAGAGAGUGGGGAGAAGGGGGAGUUCUUCGAAGAAAAGUAAUAAUACAGUGGGGAAGAAGAGAGGAGGGAGGAGGGGACUUGGGAUGGUGAAUGGGAGUGUGAGUGUGGUGCAUCAAAUUCACGCGCUUGUAAUGCACAAGGGUAUUAAGAUCAUAGCACGUGUGUUGCAUGUUGAUGAGAGUGAGGAUGAGGUUGGUGAAGUGAGAGUGGUGGUAAUUGUUGAUGUUUAUUUGCGGGUUUCGGUUUUGUCUGGGUGGCAGUUUCCGAAGUCCGGGUCAAUUGCUGGGUCUCUCUUUGGGCACUUGAGUUGCGAUUGGGAGAAGAGGAGGUCCAUGCUUGUUAAUGGAGGAGAUUAUUGUAAAAAUGAUAAUAAGAGCAUUUGGAAUCUCUCUGAUUGUCAUGUUCUUGGAUGCAAUUUGCAUUGUGAUGUCCCUGAUUCUUCAAAGAAAAAGUGUUUUGAUCUUCAUGAAAUUUUCAAGAGUUUACCUAGCGUGGAAAAUAAAGAACAGUAUUAUUCCUCAAGGGUUAAACCAGCAGAUAACUGUUUGGCAUCUGGUAUUUGGGAUGUAACAGAUGAUAUUUUGUUGUACAUUUUUUCUGCACUUGGUCCGAAGGAUGUUGUCAGGGUUGCCGCAACCUGUCACCAUUUAAGAUCCCUGGCUGUUUCAAUUAUGCCAUGUAUGAAACUUAAAUUAUUUCCUCAUCAACAGGCAGCAGUUGAGUGGAUGUUACAGCGUGAGCGGAAUGCUCAAGUCUUGCCACAUCCCCUGUACUCUAAUUUAUCCACUGAAGAUGGGUUUCCAUUCCAUAUAAAUACUGUUUCUGGUGAAAUAAUUACUGGAGUAGCUCCUACUGUAAGAGACUUUUGUGGGGGGAUGUUCUGUGAUGAACCUGGCUUAGGAAAGACUGUUACUGCUCUUUCCCUUAUCCUGAAGACACAAGGAACAGUAGCGGACCCACCGGAUGGAGUUCAAACAACCUGGUGUGCACAUAACGGGGAACAGAGAUGUGGCUAUUAUGAGGUUGGUGGCAGUAACUUUACCUCUAAUUGCACACCUUUGGCAAAAAGGGUAAUGAACCAGAGUUCCCGCAGGGGACAAUUAUCUUUGGAUAAAUCCACUCCAAUGAAUCCAGGUCAGCAGAUUGUGGGAUUUAGCAAGUCUUGUCCAGUUAAUGGAAUGGAAUCACCACCGGCUCCAUAUUCAGAUUCAACAGCACGUUUAGUUCAAUUGAGUCGCGUCAAGAGAAAUCUUCUCAAUGAAUACGACAAAACACCUGUUUUUGCUAACAAGAAAAAGAGGAAGCAUUGUUCUGAUGCCCCUAUAUAUGCCUCUGGGGAACAGCGACAUGAUAGGGCAUGCAGGUUGAAUUUGAUUACUGGACAUUAUGGGGUAUAUAAUGAGACAUGGGUUCAAUGUGAUGCAUGCAGCAAGUGGAGGAAGGUUACAGGCAGUUUUGCAGAUACUAAUGCUGCAUGGUUUUGUAGCAUGAAUACAGAUCCCGAGCAUCAGAGUUGUAGAGAUGCUGAAGAAGCUUGGGAUGACAACUGUUCCUUAACAUAUGUACCAGGAUUUCACCCCAAAGGAAGUUCAGGGGGAAAGGAUCAAAAUGUGUCAUUUUUCAUCAGUGUGCUCAAGGAGCACUAUUCCAUGAUAAACUCCAAAACCAAGAAAGCGUUGACUUGGCUGGCUAAACUUUCUCCAGAAAGACUUUCUCUAAUGGAAACAAUUGGUUUGGCAAGUCCAGUUGUAGGUACUGGUUCUCUAUCUGGUGGUGGAGAUUCCCGUGGGUUUCAUAAAAUAUUUGAAGCAUUUGGUCUUGUACGGAGGGUAGAAAAGGGAGUCAGUAAGUGGUGUUACCCACAGAAACUUGAAAACUUAGCAUUUGAUUUGGCUGCUUUUAGAAUUGCUAUCUGCGAGCCAUUGGAUUCAGUCAGGUUAUAUUUAUCAAGAGCAACUCUAGUUGUUGUUCCAGCAAAUCUAGUUGACCAUUGGAAAACCCAGAUUGAAAAGCAUGUCAAACCUGGCCAGUUGCGGCUCUCGCUGAGUGGGGUCACAGGAAAAAAGUCCUCUGAUGCAAGUGCAUUUUCUCCGGGAACACCAACACCUAACACACCCAAUAGUCAGCUGUCUCAUCUCCAUCCAAUGCUUAAGUUUCUACAGGAGGAAGCGUAUGGGCAGAAUCAAAAGUCAUGGGAAGCCGGCAUUCUUAGACCAUUCGAGGCAGAGAUGGAAGAAGGUCGCAUGCGGUUGUUGAAUUUGCUCCACAGGUGCUUGAUUAGUUCCAGAAAGACAGAUUUGAAAACUAUCCCUCCAUGCAUCAAGAAUGUGACAUUUCUCAACUUUACCGAGGAUCAUGCAAGAAGCUAUAAUGAAUUGGUAGUUACUGUGCGACGUAAUAUCCUAAUGGCUGACUGGAAUGAUCCUUCUCAUGUUGAGAGUUUGCUUAACCCAAAGCAGUGGAAGUUUCGAAGUGCUCUUAUUAGAAAUGUCAGGCUAUCUUGUUGUGUGGCGGGGCAUAUUAAAGUGACAGAUGCUGGUGAAGAUAUUCAGGAAACAAUGGAUAUUUUAGUUGAAAGAGGACUGGAUCCCAUCUCAGAGGAGUAUGCUUUAAUAAAAUACUAUCUUCAGUAUGGUGGUAACUGUCUAAGAUGCAAGGAAUGGUGCCGUCUACCUGUCAUUACACCAUGUAGGCAUCUUUUGUGCCUUGAUUGUGUUGCUUUGAAUGGCGAAAAGUGUAGUUUUCCUGGCUGUGGUUAUUUAUAUGAGAUGCAAAGUCCAGAAAUAAUGACCCGGCCAGAGAAUCCCAACCCGAAGUGGCCUGUCCCCAAAGAUCUUAUUGAGUUACAACCUUCAUAUAAACAGGAUGACUGGGAUCCUGAUUGGCAGUCAACAUCCAGCAGCAAAGUUGCUUACCUUGUACAGAAGCUGAAAGCAUUGCAGGAGGCCAGUAGAGAGAGUGGUUGCUCCAUUGACAAGGAUACUCAAAUAAGUGGUUCAAGUGUAGUGCUGCAGCAGGACUGCUUCAGUGUUAACAACGCAGCCUCGGAGAAAGUUAUUAUAUUUUCUCAAUUUCUUGAGCAUAUACAUGUGAUUGAACAGCAGUUAACAUUUGCUGGUAUCAAAUUUGCCGGAAUGUAUAGUCCAAUGCCUCAAAUCAACAAGAUGAAAUCACUGGCCACGUUCCAGCAUGAUGCCACAUGCAUGGCUCUGUUAAUGGAUGGAAGUGCUGCAUUGGGUCUUGAUUUGAGCUUUGUAACUCAUGUAUUCUUAAUGGAGCCAAUCUGGGACAGAAGCAUGGAGGAACAAGUGAUUAGUCGAGCUCAUCGGAUGGGUGCCAUUCGCCCCAUCAAUGUGGAGACUUUAGCAAUGCAUGGUACAAUUGAGGAGCAAAUGUUGGAAUUCCUACAGGAUGCUGAUGGCUGUAGAAGAGUUUUGAAAGAAGAGUCGAGUAAAACUAACCGUGACGGGGUCCGGUCCCACCGCUCUCUACAUGAUUUUGCUGAGAGCAACUACUUGGCCCAGCUUAGCUUUGUACAUACAGGCUCAAGAGCGUAA